AUGGAGGCUUCAAAUAUCAGAAUAGAUGCGACUUUAUUACAAGCCAAUAAAAACAAAAUAGUGAGGGUGAUGGGCAAGUGUGAAUCGUUUGAUCACGGUUCGAGUCAAGCAAUUCUAGUGAGCAACGGAACCAUCAAAUUGGAUUUAUCACAAGUUACAGAUUCACCAUUAGAAAUUAAUAAGAAUUAUGAAAUUAUUGGCAAGGUCAAUGGUAAUGAACUAAAGAUCUAUGUUUACUCUGUCAUAGAGUUGAGCGAUAAUUUGGAUAUAAAUGCUGCUUCAAAGUUGGCUCAAUAUGCUCAGAAAGUACCUGAAUUAUACAUAUAUGACUAA